UGUGCGAAGUGACACGUAUUGAGAUAACAACGACUCUUACGGCAUUUUUGGGAAAAUUGGGAAUCAGCAGCCCUAACAGGAGAGGAAUGAGACGGCAGAAGGACACACUGCUUUACAACAUACCAACCAAGAUUGGACACGAAAAAAGAGAGCAAAAAUAUAAACUUAAGCCAGACGAAGCGAUAUCAAGAACAGGACUCAUAUAUACACCUUUAAGCGUAAUAAGAAAAAGAAUAGAAGAAAACAAACCAAAAAGAGACCCAGAAGAAGAAAGACGGAAAAGACAGGAGCAACAAAGAAAAGAGCGAGAAGAACGAGAACAACAACAGCAAAAACAACGGGAAAACGAACUAAGAGAACAAGAAAAGAGAAAUCAAGAAGAAAGACAAAGACGUGAACAAAGAGACCAAGAAAAAAGAAAUAAAGAACGAAAAGAAGAAGAACAAAGGGUUUUAGACAAAUUAAUUAGUAUUGCAAGAAGACUAGGAUUUACAGUAAGAGAAUACGGAGGAAUAAUAUAUUAUACAGAUCAAAACGGAGAAAGAGUAAUCACCAGAAGAAAAUUAGUAGAAUUAAUUGACGAAGAACUUAAGAGAAUAGAAAGGUUAUUAAGAGAAAAAGAAGGACGAACAGAACAAGACGCAAAAUACGCAAAAUAUUAUAACAACGAAAGAAACAUAGACGCAAUAUUUAAUUAUUUCGGAGGAAAAGGAACAUUAGAAGAAAUAGACCGACAAUUUGAAGAAUUUAGAAUAAGAGAAAAGUUAGACGAUUUCACAGUAGAAUUAAGAAAUAAUCAAACAGGACUAUUCGAACCAAAUAGUUUUUAUAAAUCAACCAUAUCAGAACCGGAAUAUAAUCAACUAAAAGCAGAAUUCGAUUCAACAAGUAAUCCAAAAUAUAACACACUCGUAAAUGAAAUAGCAGAAUUAAUAGGAUUUAUACAAGCGGACGAAGAAGAAACAUCAGGAAAAACAGUAGUACCAGGAAACUUUCAGGGAACAGUAAUACAAAGGUUAGAAUUAUUAAAAGAAGAAAUUGAAGAAAUAAUAGAAAUAAAAGAAGAAGACAUAAAAGAAGAAUUAAUUAAAGAAAAUAAACGAGAUAAGGAAAUCAUUAAACAAAUAAAUAAAGAAAAAGAUACACUUACAAAACAGCUAAGAGAACAGAAAAUAAUAUAUUUAAGAGAAAAGAGAGAAGAUACCGAGAAAAUAAGAAAGAUAACAGACGAGUUAGUAGAACAAAAAUAUAAAAUAAGAAAAAACACAACAAUAUUAGGAAAGACAAAAGAAAGAGAAGAGAUAGUACUAGCAAUAGGAGAAACAGAAACACAACCGAAAUCAUCUACAGAAGACGAAAUAAAAAGACUAAUAAAAGAAAUAGAAAAAUUACUCAGGGAAAUUGAAGAACUUGAAGAAAGAUUAGAAUUCGCAAUAGACGUAAUAAUAAACCUAUAUAAGAGAAUUAAAUAUCAAUUAGAAGAAGAAAACGACUCAAAAUAUAACUCGAUAGAAAAAGAAUUUGAAAAAUUAGAAAAAGCAAUAGGAGACGAACCAAUAAUAAAAAUAAAUAGAGAAGCAAAGAUAAAAUUAAUCCAACUAGAAAAUCAAAGAAAACAAUACGCAGAAAAGAGAAAGGAAAGAGAACGAUUAAGGAAUAGUGGAAACAAAUAA